CAGUCUAUCUCAGAACCAGACAAGACCAAAUAAUAUAAGCUACAGAACAACUAAAAUUGGGUAUAGACGAAUCCAGAUCCACAUGUCUCACUUAGGAGAUUCAGUCGAAAAGGACUAAGCUACUUUCUUGCUGGCAUAGGACUGUAUGAAUGUAUGAAAGCCAGUAGUGUUUAUUGUGCUAUAGGGGCAUGCUGAAUCAGGUAACAACACAUCCUUUAUGUGAGUGUUGAGGAGAGGCGGAGAAACCACCGUGGCGGGCUGGGCUCGCAGGAUCCUCUUCCUGUGUGAGUACACACAUGCUCUUUAUUCACCGCACUUUAUACACUCGUGCUUACGGUCCAGAGCUUGAAGACCGGGGUAUCGCAACGAGAAUCUUCCACUGGAAUAAGGAGAAAUGGUUGAAUGAAAGGCAACUCAUGGAAGUACACAUCUAGAAAGAACUGCCAGUUGUGAAUUCACCUUCUUCUAGAGAAUGUGGUUUCCCCUCUCUGCAGUUUACUCAAUUUCCGACCAUGACAAAAAAUGGGUCAUCAUCCCUAAACAUGAGACCAGUGGAACAUAGGGCAAGUCAAAGAGAGACAGACAUUCUCUCAGGGGUCUGUAAUGGAACCUCAGCAUCAGACAGGAAGGAAAGAACAAGGUGAACAGAGAAAGUAGUGGGACCAUUGUGAUGUGACUCACUGAUGAAUAGCGUCUGCUACCAAUGAAUGGAUCAGAAAUAGAAGUAGCCAGGUUCUGGACCCUGUUGAGCCUUCCUGGGCCUCAUCCAGGGGAGAAGGCGGCGUGGGCAAUGGGCCUCACCCUUGACCACAGACAUACGGAUGAAGAACCCAGACAUUGGUAUAAGCAAUGUACAAUGAGACAAAUAAUGAGCAAAGUUAUCAUUCUGGCUGAUCUUCUCUGGUUAGUCAGACAUUAUUAACAAUCACACAGACAAUUCCAUUCUAGUGGACGGUGAGACUGUAUUCACCGCUGGAGGGUAAGGUGUGUCCAGUUGUGUGUGUUUCCCUGGGUCCUCUGGGUGAUAGCGGGAUGCUGCGGAGGGGUCUGCUGGCCUGGGUGUCCCGUGUGGGCGUUCUGCUGGUCGUAGUGUGCUGCUCUCUGUCCCUCCUCUACGUCAUGACCUGCAGCCCCCACACCGAGGACAACCUGGUGAGCCAUGCCCUGCCACGCCCCGGGAUGGGGGUUGGGAUAGGAGGGGCAGCGGGGGGCACGGGGGCGGCUCAGAGCGGACCCACUGGGCGGAAUGGAUACCAAGCCAUGCUUGCAGAGCGCGAGGAGCAACACAAGUUCCACAUCACUAGUUUAAAGAAACAAAUCGCCCAGCUGAAGGAGGCGCUACAGGAGCGCAGCCAGCAGCUGAAAGGAGUUCAAGACUCCAUGGAGCGGGGGACAGGGGGAGGCCGGGGUGGCCAGUCCCCAGGAGGAGGUAUCCUUGGGGAGGGAGGACAAGGGCCAGGGGCCGACAGGAGCCACGCUGACCUUCAGGAGUUCCUCCACAGCCAGCUGGGCCGGGCGGAGGUCCACCAGGGGACUAGACUACCCAGUGAGUACGCCAUGGUGCCCUUCGAGAGCUUCACCCUGCAGAGGGUGUACCAGCUGGAGAUGGGCCUGACAAGGCACCCUGAGGAGAAGCCUGUGAGGAAGGACCGGAGGGAUGAGCUGAGUGAAGCGCUAGAGACAGCCCUGCAGAGUCUCAACACGCCCCGCAACGGAGCAGACAAGGGCCACACCACCAAGGUCUACUCAGCAUCAGACUUCAUAGAAGGUAUCACUCGGACGGAGAAGGACAAAGGCACUGUGUAUGAGCUCACCUUCAAAGGUGACCAGAGCCGUGAGUUCAGGAAGCUGGUUCUGUUCCGUCCCUUUGGGCCGCUGAUGAAGGUGAAGAACGAGAGGGUGGACACAGCCAACGUCCGCAUCAAUAUCAUAGUGCCCCUCUCCCAACGAGCCGACAAGUUCAGACACUUUAUGCACAACUUCAGAGAGGUGUGUGUGCGGCAGGACGGGCGUAUCCACCUAACUGUGGUGUACUUUGGGAAGGACCAAAUGAAUGAAGUCAGGAGCACGCUGGAGAACACAUCUAGGGAGAUCAACUUCAAGAACUUCACUCUGCUCCAGCUGAAUGAGGAGUUCUCCCGGGGGCGUGGCCUGGAUGUGGGUGCCAGGGCGUGGAAAGGAGGGAACGUUCUCCUUUUCUUCUGUGAUGUCGACAUCUACUUCACCGCUGACUUCCUCAACACCUGCCGACUCAACACUCAACCUGGUAAAAAGGUGUUCUAUCCUGUUCUGUUCAGCCAGUACAACCCAACCCUGAUUUACGGUAACCACGACUACAUCCCUCCAGUGGAGCAGCAACUGGUCAUUAAAAAGGAUACAGGAUUCUGGAGAGACUUUGGCUUCGGAAUGACAUGCCAAUACCGAUCAGAUUUCAUCAACAUAGGUGGUUUCGACGUGGACAUCAAAGGCUGGGGCGGCGAGGACGUGCACCUUUACAGGAAAUACCUUCACAGCAACCUGCUGGUGGUGCGGUCCCCGUCUAGGGGCCUCUUCCACCUGUGGCACGAGAAGCGCUGCGCGGACGAGCUGCCCCCGGAACAGUACAGGAUGUGCAUGCAGUCCAAGGCCAUGAACGAGGCCUCGCACGGCCAGCUGGGCAUGCUCUUUUUCCGACACGAGAUCGAGGCACACCUGCACAAGCAGAAACCCCAGAGGCUAAACCCUGCCAAGAAGACAUGAUGAAGACAUGAUGAGGGAGUCACACAGGACUCUAGACUUUAGGAGGAGGGCAUGACAGUAUGGCAGUCAGAGACAGUGAGGGGGAAAAAACAACAGAACAGAGAUCUAUUGUUGUGAUCUGAUGACAACAAUACUGACUCACUACGGAGGAAAAACACUCCAUUUUAUCCUCCGAUGGCAAAAUGGAUAUAUAAAACACAGCUAAGGCACCUGUCGUAUCUUGAAGAAGUGAGAGCACUGUAAAAACAACAGUGAGAGUCAAAAGGAGCAGCAGAAAGACUUGACUGCUCCGCUGUAUUUUGUUUAAAAUCAUGUGCCUCGUGUUGACUGACUGACAGCUGGUUUUGAGAGUCAUGAUGUGGCAUCUGCUGGUCUUUCUUGAAGGCUAGAUAAAGAGUAGAACUAGAUUUUCCUGUAGCCUAUUAGAGACACCUUGUGGACUGGAAGAGAACAGCAUGACUGUGAAUGGAAUGAGGAUACUCUUAAUCUGAAGUCAUGUCAGCUGGUUACGUGACUCUCCUCAGAACUGAUGAUCAAUCAAUACAUUAAAACAGGCAUUACUGAGGGUUAUGUAGAGAGACAAUGGCAACAAUGGAGGUACAUGGAAGCUAUUAGAUAUUCAUUAUUUCUCAAGCUCCACAGAAUCAAUAUACAGAUGUACUAACCUAAUUUGAUCACUCCUUUGUUGCUGAUCAUUUUCCUGCACUGCAGCAAAUGCAUAUGAGCUUUGUGAGUUACAUAAAUUCACAGAAAACCCCAACUCUAGCCUGUUUACACCUGGUGCUAACAUGGGUCCUUUGUGCACAAUCAGAAUGUGGACAAAAUCAGGACAAAUUACGCAAGUUAGAACCAGGUAUAAACGAGGUUAAUACACUGUUAUAUUAACAGUAUUGCACUUUUCAUGUUGCCUACUUUUGGCCAGUUGAUAGCCAAACCACCGAUCAAGCAACAUUGUGGACUGCUGCAGGAUUAUUUUGCUGUGACAACACAGAUCAAAUUAAGAUCCUACAUCUAUAGUGUACUGCUUUUUCACGAGUUUAACUAAUCCUACAAGUGCUUUUAUGUGCUUUUUUAUCAUCAAGAAACAAAAGAGUGUAGUUUGAAGGGUCAAAAUAAAUAUCGAGAUUUUUUUGGGCGGUAUUAUGGUGUGCUGUUUGAGCAGGAAGCUAUGAGGGUAUCACGUUUGUCGUAAGAAUUAUCGGACCAAGGUGCAGCGUGAUAUGGUUUCCACAUGUAUAUUAACUGAAAAACAAUGAAGAAUGAACAAAACGUGAAGACAAUGGCGUGCUCACAGGCAACUACACAUAAACAAGAUCCCACAAACACAGGUGGGAAAAAUAACUACUUAAAUAUGAUCCCCAAUUAGAGACAACAAUUACCAGCUGC